AUCUUAGUUGGUGUUGGAAUUGUCACACUGUUUUCGUUGCUGACUCGCGGAAUUCCGUGCGUGCGUGCUAAAGUGUCUGUACAUAUGUGCGUGCGCCUCUGGAUAGAAUUGGAUGUUGCCCAAUAAGUGCCGCUCCUCCGCCGCUGGUGCUGCUGCUGCCAAAUCUGUUUUUGUUGAUUGUUUGACGUUUCCGCUCAAGUCCAAAACGGGGAGCCACUCAAUACCGAAAAAAUCGCCGUAGCGAUCGCCAUGAAGAAGAACGCCGAUAAGGACGCGAUGAAGGAGGGCGCCGAAACUGACGCAGGAGGUUUGUCAGGAGCGGGGAUAUUACCGUUUAGACUGGGCUUGGCAGCUCAGUUUUUCAAUUUCGCCGCUUUCCAACCACCUCCUAUGACUGAAGCCACGUCGACCACAUCGUCCACCACGGUAGAUGAACUCAUGUCACCGUUGCCUUCGAGGACGACGCAGUCGAGUAACGGCAGAUCAUCGACCACCUCCCCCACGAACGGAGGAUCGGCGAGCGGUAACAACCGGGACAAGUUGUUUCAAUGUGGAGUGUGUAACCGGUCUUUCGGUUACAAACAUGUGUUACAGAACCACGAGCGAACCCAUACGGGUGAGAAGCCCUUCGAGUGCAAGGUGUGCGAGAAAAGGUUCACAAGGGACCACCAUCUCAAAACGCAUAUGAGGUUGCAUACGGGAGAGAAACCUUACCAUUGCUCGCACUGCGACCGGCAGUUUGUGCAAGUGGCCAACCUCAGACGACAUUUGCGAGUGCACACGGGAGAGAAACCAUUCGCAUGUGAGCUGUGUACGAUGCGGUUCAGCGAUUCGAACCAGCGCAAGGCCCACAUGCUCAUUCACAAAGGAGAAAAGCCGUUUACGUGUAAUCUAUGUAUGGGUAGAUUUCGUAGGCGACAUCAUCUUAUGCACCACAAAUGCCCCAAGGAUCCGAACGGCCAAAGAGUGGUGUCCAUCAACGACUUGGGCUCACCGCCAUCACCAGAUGACGGUUCGCCAGUCAUAUCCUCCAAAAGUCCUUCUCUUAGUUUUGAAGCGACCCCAACUCCUCUUCAAUUCUCCGAGCUGCUCCGGGGCACGGACAUUUCGGUCACGUCCGAGCUAUUUAGACAAUUCCAAUCCCCGAUACCCUUAUCCACGACACCAAGCUCUCCAACACUUCAACUGUUGCCCCACCCGGCGCAUCUGCAACUUUUACACGCGCAGGCAGCUCAGGCUCGGUCCCAGAAUCAAGCGUCGCAAGGUUUAGUGUCCAGCGGAGAAAAAGUUAGCCGAAGGAAACCCAAACACACGGUCAGAAUCCUGUCUGCCGAACAGCAACGAGAACUCUACCUCGCACCGGAGUCAGAGCAGACCGAACCUCUUGACAUGAGUGCAAAGAAAUCGUCGUAUCCUGGCAUCACAGACAUAAAGGAGGAGAAGAAGGAUAGCGACAAAUUGCCUUCCAGUACGGGAAUCGACGGCGUUCUCGAUCUCUCUAGCUCCAGGUCAUCCUCGUUGCGAAGCGACAGUGAAGUCGAUGCUGCGAGCAGUACCGCGGGCCCCUUCCCGGACGACGAUCAGGGUUCCAUCACGCCCGACGAAUACCACGUCGACCUUGACGACGAAGACGUCGAGCACAUGGAGUCGGAAGGUUCAGAAACGGAUCUUUCGCUACGGAAAACAUCGAUAUCUUCAAUCAGUCCGUUGACGAACGGUCGCAACAAGCUUGAAGUCAACUGA